AUGAAGGUUUCUCUGGAAUACGGAGCUUGUAUAACGAUUUUGUUUUCAGCUGCCUUAAUAGCUGGAUCUAUUGCGAAGUACUUCGACUUUCCGAUUAUUCUGUGGGCGCCGACGUUUUCCUCGGAGUUACUGGACGGCAAUGAGUACUCGACCAUGAUGGCUCCAACGUGGAGCUCAGUGAACCAAGCUCGAACCCUAACGCGCCUAUUCGAGCGGUAUGACUGGAGAGAGGUGGCUGUACUUUACUACGCGGCGAGGAGCGAUGUCUCCCCGCGUUGCUCUUUGAUUAUAGCCGAUCUGGAGGUAUGA